CCUGCCGUGCGCCGGAGGGGAGCACGGUGAGCGUCGGGCUGCUGCCGUUUCCCUGUCCUGCGCGGGGUCCCUGGGACUUGGAGCGGCCAAGGCGGGCAUCUUGGCUGAGUGAGGGCGGCGGGUGAAAAAGCGCGAGGAAACGGCGAGUCGAGAACCCCUGGAGGGAUUCCGAAGCUUAGGGUCUGAGCCGGUGGGGAAGGAGACGGGGGGUGACAGCCUAAGGCGUCAGACAGUUGCUGUGUUUGACCCGCGAGGCCUAAGCCGAGGAAUCAGACCAUGAAGCGAAAGUGCUUGCUAUUUGCAGUAUUGUUAAUAGUUGGAACUUCCAAUCUCCUGGCACAUGACAGUGAUGAUCAUGAUGAUGAUGAUGAUGUAAUAGAUAUAGAAGAUGACCUGGAUAAUGGUGUUGAAGAAGCUGAUGAAUUAAAGCAUGAAACUAGUGCUCCUCCAUUACCUAAGGUUACCUAUACAGCUCCCGUACCAACAGGAGAAGUUUAUUUUGCUGAAAACUUUGAUAAAGGAACUUUAGAAGGGUGGGUUCUUUCUAAAGCUAAGAAGGAUGAUACAGAUGAUGAGAUUGCCAAAUAUGAUGGCAAAUGGGAAGUGCAGGAAAUGAAGGAUACUAAACUUCCUGGGGAUAAAGGUCUUGUGUUGAUUUCGCGGGCCAAACAUCAUGCAAUUUCUGCCAAACUUAAUAAGCCUUUUAUCUUUGACACCAGGCCUCUCAUUGUACAGUAUGAAGUCAACUUCCAAAAUGGAAUUGAAUGUGGUGGUGCAUAUGUCAAACUGCUUACCAAAUCUCACGAAUUAAACUUGGACCAGUUCCAUGAUAAGACUCCAUACACUAUUAUGUUUGGCCCAGACAAGUGUGGUGAAGAUUACAAGUUGCACUUCAUAUUCCGCCACAAGAACCCAAAGACUGGCAAAUAUGAGGAGAAACAUGCCAAGCGUCCUGAGGCAGAUUUAAAGAAUUUUUUUACUGAUAAGAAGACACAUCUCUAUACUCUGGUAUUGAACCCAGACAACAGCUUUGAAAUUCUGGUUGAUCAAACUGUUGUAAACACUGGGAAUCUACUGUCUGAUAUGACCCCCCCUGUGAAUCCUCCACGUGAGAUAGAGGACCCAAAUGAUCAGAAGCCAGAAGAUUGGGAUGAGAGAGCUAAGAUUCCAGAUCCAGAUGCUGUUAAACCAGAUGAUUGGGAUGAGGAUGCUCCUGCUAAAAUUCCAGAUGAAGAUGCUGUGAAACCAGAAGGUUGGUUGGAUGACGAGCCAGAAUAUGUAGCUGAUCCUGAUGCAGAAAAACCAGAGGAUUGGGAUGAAGAUAUGGAUGGAGAGUGGGAGGCACCCCAGAUUGCAAACCCCAAAUGUGAAUCAGCUCCUGGCUGUGGUACCUGGCAACGACCCACAAUUGGCAAUCCAAACUAUCAAGGCAAAUGGAAGCCUACUUUGAUUGACAACCCCAACUAUCAGGGCAUCUGGAAGCCAAGGAAGAUUCCAAACCCAGACUUCUUUGAAGACGUACAGCCAUUCAAAAUGACCCCCUUUAAUGCUGUGGGGCUUGAAUUAUGGUCUAUGACUUCUGAUAUAUUCUUUGAUAAUUUCAUAAUCUGUACUGACCGAGCAGUGGCAGACGACUGGGGUAAUGAUGGAUGGGGUCUGAAGAAGGCAGCUGAUGGUGCUGCUGAGCCUGGUGUUGUGGGUCAAAUGAUGGCUGCUGCUGAAGAACGUCCCUGGCUUUGGAUAGUAUAUAUCCUGACAGUGGCUCUGCCUGUUUUUCUUGUUGUUCUUUUCUGCUGUUCUGGAAAGACAAAACAACCAAGUGCUGCAGAGUACAAAAAGACAGAUGCUCCUCAACCAGAUGUAAAUGAAGAAGAGAAGGUGGAGGAGAAAGACAAAGGGGAAGAGGAAGAGGAAGAGGAAGAAUCAAAUGAAACAAAGCCUGAAGAGAAGCCCAGGAAUGAUGGAGAUACAGAAAAUAUGAGCCAAGAGGAAGAGGUGGAGGAGGAAGAGGAGGAGGAGGAGGAGGAGGUGGAGGUGGAAAUGGAAGAGGAAGAAGAUAGCAAAGUCAUUACAGAGGAGGAAGAAACUGUGAAUAGGUCUCCCAGGAAUAGAAAACCAAGAAGAGAUUGAAAUAUCCUAAAAACUUAAUCUGAUGAAUUUUUCUGAUAUGGUUUUGGGAGAGGACCGUGGAUACCUUUUUGCUGAAACUCAAAAACCCUCAAAAUUCACCAUCCAUAGGUUCCUGUCAAAUACUCUCCAGUGAAAAGUGUUUAGCAGUCAAAUAUUUGCAAUUGUGUUUCUAAAUAGAAUAUUCCUGUAGAAAAAGAAUGCAUUUAACACAACCCAGCUAUGAAUUUCUGGAAUGUUACAAAAACUAACAUUUUUAUUUCGUUUUUAAAUAGAUGAUAGAAUUACCAGUCUCAAAACUUUGGCUUAAAUUAAUGUAUUAAUAUAUCAAUGGAAGUGAAGAGCAAACCUUAGGGAAAAUGCCAGAUACAAAGUUCUCAGAAGUCUUUUCUUUCUUACAAAGAUGGAAAUUCUUAUACAACUCUUAUUUCUCAUAGUUUGAUCAUGUUAAAUGUAGGAUGAAGUUAAGAUCCAUUUGAAGAAAUCAAGUGCUCAAACUUUCUUAUUGAUGAAAAGCAUGUGGCCAUGAAAUACUCAUAUUGGUCAUGGGUACAGCUCAGUUAAAACAGUGUUCACAAUUAGUCUGAAUUUAGGAGCAGAUUCUAGUUAGGGUACUAUGAGACAGGAUUGUCUUGUUCCUUUAGGUUUUGAACUUUUUCUCAAUUUGAAAUUUGCUUUCAGUUUUGGCAUUUCCACCUCCCCCCCCCAGUUUCUUUAAACUCUUUCUUCCUGUUCCAGCUGUUGCUUCUCCUGUACAGUUUAUUCAGAUGCAGCUUAGCUGCUAGAGAAUACACACGCUUAGCUCACUGUUAAAAUUGUGUUUCUUAUUCUCAGAAGGCAGAAUUACUUAUUUCUGGGUCCAAACAUUGUGAACAGAACAGUGUUGCUAACUUUCUUACUGUUGCCAUCUUAUGUACAUUUAUGCACAGGAGAAAAGGCAUAGGCAAGCAGGUCUUUCAAGUUUUAUUUGUGCUGAAAGCAGAUGUCAGUAUUUGUGGCUGAGGAAUAAGCAUGUGAAAACUUGGCAUAUGUAACAUUUUGAAUCUCAGUGCUCUUCAUGUAUCAAAAAAUGUUGUGAAUCUAGGGGGUUCCAAAUGAAUAAAUUUUUUUAAAAAAUACAUUGCAUUUGAGUAUCCAGCUAUUCAGAAAUCUUAUGCAGAAUACAGAGUGUUUACUUAAGAAAAGCAAAAUCCACUACAUUGUAUUGAAGUGCAUGAUGGAGGAAGGGGAAGAAUAAAUGUUUUGCUACCUGUUGUCCUUUGUUUAAGUAUAAUGCACUAAAUUAAAACACUCCAGUUUCUACUUGGUGGGUAAGAAUUUUUCAGAGUCACUAAGCUUUUAUAGUUCUGUUCAGAUAUUCAAAUAUAAACUUAGGUGCAUAGCUUUUUCAAAACAAGGCUAACAUUUCUUUUGUCAGUUAUUUUGCUUUGAGAACCCUCAGUUCUGUGAUUUUUCCAAAACAGAACUAUCCUCAUUCGAAACUACAGUGCUUGCAGCCUUUGCAGCAUUCCAGCAUCAAGUGAGCAAACAUCUACUUCUGCCAGUUUUCUUUGUUUUCCCCUUGUGCCCUACAGAGGGCUCCAUAAACCCAGCGUCCAUUCCACUGGUAGAUCCAAUUUGAUACAGUCAGUGGCUUGCUUGCUUGCUUUCAGUUGUCUAGGCAAGAUGUUUAAAUGAAAGUAUCGCCCACAGCUGCUGCUCCUAUUUUCUUCUACAUAGUUGACUUGCAGUGGCUAUUUAAUACUAGUACUGAUUUUAGUGUACUUGAGUUAGUGUCUUUUGAACAACAUAUUCACAUUUUGUGAAACGUGUACUCCUUUCUCCAGGAUACUGGGAAGAAUGAAUCUGGCACCCAUAAAACCUCUUCAGAAUACCCCCAUUUGCAUGUUUUGGCCCUUGUUCAUGUUAGUGAAAAUUGAGAAGGCGCUACAGUACAUUUUUACAGUCAUUGCUUGAAUGUAAUGCCCAGUGUCUACCUGUGAAGCCUUAUUAAGAUUACUUAAUACUGGGAGAAGAUUGUCACCUGCUAUUUAAGAAUAAUAAAGUAAGAAUUUAACAUAAGUCAUUUGUAAUUCCCAAAUAAUUUGGGGUGCUGAAUUG